UAUCAACGUCAUUAAGUUCUUAGGAGAAUCUAGGGUGAGACCCCAGUAUAUGACACAGCCACAGACCUUGGUAGUUUUACCACUCCUGGGAAUCUGCGCCGUCUAGCGGAUCGUCUGGUUACUACAACACGUGGAACGCCACAAACCAACUGAAUCCAAAACAGGCGCCCUCUGUUCACAACACAGAACGACAAAGAACUAUUUCUGAAUUUCCCCUUUUAAGGCAUGGAUCUCGCACUACUGGUUAUAAUCAGCCCUUCUAAAAUUAUUCUCACGCUAUGUCAUGUAGUCUUUUUUAUAUUAAAGGCGCAGUGAGUGUAACAUACAAGAAACAACUAUAAUGAUAAUCGGUAAGCAUUUGCUGCUUUAUCGUCGCAUUGAAAUACAAAAGUAAUAAUACACAUUAAAACGAUAAUAUUCAAUUGUGUGUAAGCUAUAUGUGCUAUUUGUUCAUAUGUCUCACUAAUUGUACAUUAUUGAAAUAAACAAGACAACCAUCAUUUUCAUCAUAAUUCAAUCACUCUUAAGUCCUUCAUUCGCUAUACGUUUGCUUAGGUACAGGAGCUUUCUGUCACAAUGCUGCAUGCUGGUGCUUCUGGCUGCAGCUCUUUGUGCAGUCCUACACACAUGACAUCCCACACGCAGGAUGUCUUUAACAGGGCUUUGGUAAUAACAAACACUUCGUGGUUAUGUGUAGUUUUGUCCUGCCGUUCCAGGCUGGGCAUUUUCCUGAGCCUUUUGUGACAGAUUUUCUUAAUUUACGAUUAAGUAUGCAUGUUAAUAAGAAUAUAUAAACUAGGUAAUCCGACCAGGCAUCGCAUAAUCUCCAGCACAAAAUCUGCAAUGUUUUUCAGCAAUUGAUCCUUUACCGGACUACAAAUCCCAGGCUGCCCUGUUGCGAGUCUGCCCCUAUGAAAGAUCCCUCCCCGGCGCACUGCGGAUUGUUUGUUCAUGUCUGAUCCGAGAUUUACCCCUUUCUAGAGCAAUUUUCCGCGAGUACACAGUUACUUUUCUGGGAAUCGGAGCUUUCUGUGCUGGAAAACUCACUCCGAGGAAACUGCGUGCCAUACAUGUCCGGGGGAGUCAUGUUUGCUUGCCUCUCCCGUCUUCUCCUUUGUUGAAACAGCCGCGGCGCUGCUCGGCUCCAGCUCUGGGCUGCGGCAGGAGCUGGCUGUUCCCUCGGGCGGCUGCAGGCGCUUGGCUCCGGCAGCCUUGGCUUUGGCGCUUCGGAAAAGGCUUCGCCCUGCCGGCAUGCCCGCAGACAAGUCGCCCAGGUCUGAUGAUUAACUGCGUCCUGCCUCAUUGGAUGCGCUUAACUGCCGUUGGUAGCGUUAUUUGGCACACACGGCACCUGGAAGGACCAAGGCUUUUCUUCGGCUGCUCGCUUGCUUCCCUCGGCGAGGUGCUGCUCAGACCGCCGCUUUGCGGCUCCCGAGUGCACCGGGACGCCUCUGUCGGAGUGCCUGCGCCCUGACCUCCCUGGUGCCGGGAUUGGGCGGCGCUGCCCCGGAGCACCCGGACAGUUCUCCGCUAGAGAGAUCAGACAGCGGGCGGGGUACCUCGGGGAAAGCGCCGGGCAUUGCUGGGGCCUUGGCCGCUCCCGGGUGGACUGCGGGUCGGGUGCGGGGCCAUCCUGACCGACCUGCCGCCCCCACAGUAAGGGGAUUUGAGAGAGUCGUACGAUAUCGGUGUUUGGGGACGUUACAAAACUCCCUACAUAACCGCUUUCUGUUUCUGUCCUUAGUCUUUUUUUAAUUGUAAAUCGUAUUUCGUAUCCAGAUUUAGAUGAAUAACGUUAUUUUUUUUCGGCUCCUAUACUCGAGUUGCUAGAAUAGCUACACACUACACUGAACAUUAACACACUAAUACUCCCCCCAACCACCACCACCACCACACAUCCCUCAUUAAUUCCCGUGUGCAUGGAGAUUAACAGUUUAACACCGUUACGAAAUUAGGGUGUUUUGACCGUCUAGGUUGGAUUAUAUAAGUAUUAGGGUACGGACGUGAUCACCGAGGAAGAGGGGGGCACUGGCCUGCUCUUCGCUUUUGGAGCCCUGCAGGCACCAUCGCCAUCGGGCACAAGUCAUGGACGGAACCGGCGGUGGCGGUACCGGUACGGGGACCGGGCAGAAAGUUACCCCUAUGGCCCGGGAGCUGACUCGUAUCUUCAGCAACUACAACAAGAACUCCAUCUUGCUGAAGAAGAACCUUAAAGAGACCAACAAGUUCUUUCGGGAGAUGAAACAGAACUACAGCAACGCCUGCGCCGCAGCUCCGAGCUCGGACACCCCUGCACCGGAGGCAGGGCAGCUAGGCUGCAUCUCCUUCCCCAGCCAUGAGGAGGAGUUCCUCCAAGCCAGUGUUGGCUGCACCCCCUACAUUGUCAUCCUUGGGCAGGACUGUGGUGCCCGUUACCAGCUGGUGAACUGCCUGCUGGGGGAGCGCCUGCUGCCCACGGGGCCAGAGAGCGGAGGCUGUGGAGGGGCGGGUGGCUGCAAGAGGCGGCGGCUGCGCUUCACGCAUGGGCGACAGACACGGCUCAGCCUGGCUCUGCCAGAUCAGUACGAACUUGUGCAUCAGCUGGCGGGGCACCGCGGGCGCUGGGACACUGUGCCACAGGAGGACCUGGAGAUCCAGGAGGAAUGCCAGGACCCUGCCCACCGGCAGGCCGAGCUGGAGGUCACAUUGCACCACCAGCUGCUGCAGGAGUGCAAGAUUCUGGUGGUGCCGUGCCCCAGUGUGCAGCCCCUGGAGGAGGCGCUGGAGGAGUGCCUGCGGGGCGUGGUGCCCAUCCUGCUGUACGCCAUAAACCAGGACACACUCUCCCUCGCGCAGGUGGAGGACUUGCGGAGUGUCCGAGAAACUGUUCCCUUUGCCAUCUGCUUCAUCCGCGUGCCCAGUGACUCCCCGCCCCCCUGUCCCCUCACGGAGCUGCCCCCUGACCUGCCAAGCAAGGGAGUCAUGGAGAGAGAGAGAGACCGGGAGAGGAGCCCCCUCCAGGCACAGCUCCUCUCCCUGGGCUUCCUCAGCAGUGCAGUGGGCAACUGUUCCUGCGGUGCCCCCACACAGGCUCCUGCCGCCAAGCCCCAGAGCGUCCUCGGCGAAGUGUUUGAGCGCCUGCCUCGCCUGCUCGCUCCUUUUGCCCGCCUGGUCCUCCACAACCAGCAGGUGGAGGCGGCGAGCCUGCUGAAUGGUGUGCACUGCCGCUGCCUGGACCUCUUCAUCAACCAGGCCUUUGACAUGCAGCGCGACCUGCAGAUCACGCCCCGCCGCCUGGAGUACACUCGUGACAAGGAGGCUGAGCUCUUCCAGUCGCUGAUGGGCAUCGCCAACCGCAAGCAGGAGGAGAUGAAGGACAUGAUCGUGGAAACUUUGGCCAGCAUGAAGGAGGAGCUGCUAGAGGAUGCGGCCAACCUUGAGUUCACAGACAUCAUUGUACCUCCGAACGGAGAGCCAGUGAGCUCCAAGGACAUUAAGUCGUGCAUCCGUCAGAUCCAGGAGCUGAUCGUGCUACAGCUAAACCAAGCUGUGGCUAACAAGCUCAUCAGCUCAGUGGACUACUUGCGGGAGAGUUUUGUGGGAACACUGGAGCGCUGUCUGCGCAGCCUGGAGAAAUCCCAUAUGGACACCUCCUCGCACAACAUCACCUCCAACCACCUGAAACAGAUCCUGAACGCUGCUUAUCACGUGGAGGUGACCUUCCACUCGGGCUCCUCUGUCACGCGACUGGUAUGGGAGCAGAUCAAACAGAUUAUCCAGAGGUUGACAUGGGUGAAUCCGCCUGCCAUCACUGUGGAGUGGAAGAGGAAGGUGGCCCAGGAUGCCAUCGAGAGCCUGAGUGCUGCCAAGCUGGCCAAGAGCAUCUGCUCGCAGUUCCGCACACGGCUCAACAGCUCCCAUGAGGCCUUUGCAGCUUCACUGCGCCAGCUGGAGGAAGGCCACACCGGCCGCCUUGAGAGGACGGAGGACCUGUGGCUUCGCGUGCGGAAGGACCACGCCCCCCGCCUCGCCCGUCUGUCGCUGGAGAGCCGCUCCCUGAGAGACGUCCUUCUGCACGGGAAGCCGAAGCUGGGCAAGGAGCUGGGCCGGGGGCAAUAUGGGGUGGUCUACCUGUGUGACAACUGGGGGGGUCACUACCCCUGUGCCCUCAAAUCCGUAGUCCCCCCUGAUGACAAGCACUGGAAUGACCUGGCGCUGGAGUUCCAUUACACCAGGUCCCUCCCGAAACACGAGCGGCUGGUUGAUCUCCAUGGCUCUGUUAUUGACCACACAUAUGGGGGUGGAUCCAGCAUUGCGGUUCUGCUCAUCAUGGAGCGACUGCACAGGGACCUGUACACGGGACUGAAGGCGGGCCUGUCUCUGAGGGAAAGGCUGCAGAUCGCCCUGGACGUGGUGGAGGGGAUCCGCUUCCUACACAGUCAGGGGCUGCUGCACCGCGACAUCAAGCUGAAGAACGUGCUGCUUGACAAGCAGAACCGAGCAAAAAUCACGGAUCUGGGUUUCUGUAAGCCUGAGGCCAUGAUGUCAGGCAGCAUCGUGGGCACCCCCAUCCACAUGGCGCCAGAGCUCUUCACAGGGAAGUACGACAACUCUGUGGAUGUCUAUGCCUUUGGGAUCCUGUUCUGGUACCUGUGCACGGGCUCAGUGAAGUUGCCAGAGGCUUUUGAGAAGUGCUCCAGCAAGGACCAACUUUGGAACAAUGUCAAGAAAGGAGCAAGACCAGAACGCUUGCCCACAUUUGACGAGGAGUGCUGGCAGCUGAUGGAAGCUUGUUGGAAUGGAGACCCUUCAAAGAGGCCUUUGCUGGGCAUAGUGCAGCCUGGGCUCCAGGGCAUCAUGGACAGACUGUGCAGCACAGGCUCAGACAGGAAGAGUGCCAGCCUGGAUGAUUCCACCUGAUUGGUUGGGGGAGAGGGGCUGGGGGGGGGCCGUUCAAACUGGGCCAGAGAACAAAGACCCUCAUUGGCUGAAAAGCAACUGGGAGGAGCUUGUCAAGGAGUGGCCAAUGGAAGGGCCUAGUAAAGCAUCGCCUAGCAACAUCUUGUUCCGUCACAUGGUUCAAAUGCAUUCAAGGAUGCAUAGAUUUUUUUUAUGAGGACCUGAGAAAGUAAAGAGAUAUAUAUAUAUAAAUAUAUAUUAAUUAUGAACACAAGCAUACAUUAUCCAUCUUCGUUCUUAGCAUGCAUGUUGAUGCUACAUUCUCAUUGUAGGAUAUAUAGAUAGGAGAUUGUUUUAAAAGAAAUGAAAUUGCCAAGUAUUAAAAAAGAAACAAAUGUUCAUUUCUUUUAGAUUGUAUUUAAAAGGGUUGUUGGUUUUUUGUCUGUGUAUUCUAAAAGUAUAUAUCUUUUUUUAAAUAAAAUAUCUAUGAAUGA